UCUAAUCUUAUAUUUUGAUAAUUUUGCAAAAUGACUGUUAUGUGGAUCAUUAUAAACUGAAAUUAAAACAAUUUUAACUUAAUUCUAUUAGGAAAUGAGUUCGUAUUGGUUUUUACAGUAAAGAUUUUGUUGUGAUAUCAAAUUGAAAUUUUAAUUUUAGAGAUAGAUUAGAAAUUUGACGUCUCAGAAUAGACUGUGUUAUGUCAAUUUCAUUAUUUUUCAAAUUUAUGUUUCUGCUAAAAUUAACAUUUAAUCGACAGUGUCUAUAAUCUUCGAUUUCCUUAUGAAAUUGGUUGUAUGAUUUUCGACAGCAAAUAUAAUUUUCUAUUUAUUUCUCUAGCUUUUUCCAAACAUGUAUUAAAAUUAAAUUAAAGAUAUAAAUUGUGCAAUGGAAUUCAUUAGACGAAGUAUAAUUAAUUUUAAACAGUAUCCACAUCGUCUUUUUUAUUAUGGACUUAGGCGCAAUUACUGCACCAAGAAUGGUGAAGCAGAAAGCGAAGAAUGGCCUCGACGCGUGGUAACUGGACUGCAGCCGACGGGCGCACUACAUGUGGGCAAUUAUUUCGGCGCGCUGAGGCGGUGUGUGCGGCUUCAGGACACCGGAGAUGACCUCAUGAUUUUUAUAGCUGAUCUGCAUUCGCUUACCACUCAUCAGAAUCCACAAGCUUUGCAAGAGAACAGUAUGGAGCUGGCAGCGCUACUGCUGGCGAGUGGCGUGGAUCCAGAGCGGAGCGUGGUGUUCGUGCAGUCGGCGGUGGCGCGGCACGCGGAGCUGUGCUGGCUGCUGGCCUGCCUCGCCACGCAGGCGCGGCUCGCGCACCUGCCGCAGUACAAGGAGAAGGCUGCCACGCUCAAGGAGGUGCCGCUCGGUCUGCUGCUUUACCCUGUGCUGCAGGCGGCGGACGUGCUGGUGUACGGCGCGACGCACGUGGCGGUGGGCGGCGACCAGGCGCAGCACCUGCAGGUGGCGGCGCAGCUGGUGCGCACGUUCCGCCACCGCUACGGCUGCCAGCCCUUCCCCACGCCGCGCGCGCUGCUGCCAGAUGAUGGUAGUGACCGGAUACGAAGUCUUCGCGAUCCCUCGAAAAAAAUGUCGAAAUCGGAUCCAGAUGGUAAAUCACGGAUACUACUUAGCGACCCGGAUGAUGUUAUCGCCCUCAAGAUAAGAAAAGCUGUCACAGACUUCACACCCCAGGUGACGUACGAGCCGGACACGAGGCCCGGCGUGUCCAACCUGGUGACGCUGCACUGCCUGGCCGCCGGGCUCACGGCCGAGGAGGCCGUCGAGGAGGCGGCCGCGCUCACCACCGCGCAGUACAAGCAGGUGGUGGCGCGCGCGCUGGUCGCCGAGCUGGCGCCGCUGCGCGAGCGCGCCGCCGACCUGCGACGCCGGCCGCGCCUGCUGCGGGACGUGCUGCGCGCCGGCGCGGCGCGCGCCCGGCGCCGCGCCGACGCCGUGUACGAGCGCGUGGCCGCCGCCGUCGGCCUCGCGCCGCACGCGCCGCCGGCCGACCGCGCGCGCGCCGCGCGGUGA